CCACCACCCACCUGCCAUCCACCCAUCCCCACUACCAAUUCGCCCUCUUCGCUCAAUCAGCAGUCUAGAAUGCCUCAGUCAGCCGCUUCUAGCCUGUCUAAGAACCACAUAAUCGACAUUGAGGGUGUGAAGGAACUGUAGUUAGCAACCACUUUCUCCCAUUCUAGCAUCCAGGCAUUUCUUCUAGCAGCACUCCGCCCGUCACGCCAUGGCUGCCGCGACCUCUCGGUCGCUGGUGCCGCCGGCAUUACGCCGUGGAUCGCCCUCAGCCCCCGCGACCCGUCCGUCAUCGGAGCCAGUUCACAGGCUAGGUUGCCUCAAGAGCCGCCCGCUCUCAGUUCCCAGUCCCGCGCGCACGUCCCUUCCCACCACGUCCCUCCGUGUUCCCCUUGUCCCCGCUGCUGCGAUCAACAACGCCGAUCUUGCCGACGAUACGGACCGCGGUCGUUCACCUGGAGAAGCCAAAGGAAGCGCCUCCGCCGGCCAUUGGCAGAAGGCUGUGAUCAUCGCGACCGCACCGCUUGGCGCGCUCCUGUUGACUUCCGGUCCCGCUUCCGCGUUUUCCGGCAGCCACGCGCACGGUGGUCUUGGGCAGGGCGAGUUAGGCUGGUCCGAGUCCCUCGGGACCAAUGCUGGAGGAGGGGGGGGCAGCGGCAGCGGCAAUGGCGACGGCGGGGGCGGCGGCGGAGGUGGUGGGGAGGGUGGAGGAGGAGGAGCAGCGCAACGACCUGGAGACAGCUCGCCGUACUCCAAUGCUGACCUGGAGGAUGAUGAUGAUGACGUGGACGAGGCGGACAACCCGGGCGGCAUAUCCGAGCCAGUAAGCCCAGUCAGCAAGAGCGCUACCGGCGUUCGCGCCUCGGCUGCGGAUGCAGUUGCGAGCAAUACUUCUGGCAGCAGCAAAGGAGGCCGAGACGCGGCGGCGCGAGAGUUCCCCAAGCGUCGGUCCAGCAGCCGCCGCCGCCACGGCGCAAGCGGGAGCGGCGGCGGCGGCGGUGCCACGCUGCUGAACUCUUACCCCCCGGACGUGCUCUUCGCGUCCCUCUCCGCCGUCGCCAGCUCCGCCGGCCGAGCCGGCACCGGCGGUGACGAGAGCGCGGCCCCGGGUAGCGGCGGUGGGGGAAGCAGCAGCUCCGCGGGCGGCUCGAGCAGCGGAAUGAUCAGCAGCAGGCGGAGGCGGCCGGACGACGAGCGCAUGCGGCGCGCGGACGGCAUGUUCGAUUGGAUGGCGGGGCUGCUGCACUCGCUGCUCGCGUCGCGCCUCGACGGCAUGCAAGACCGCGUGGACCGGCAAGCACUGAUGGCGGAAACGGCGGACCUCGUGGUGCAGAUUCUCGACAAACGCUCCGCCGAUGACGCCUUUGCGCACCGGUCGGAGGUUAGCGCGCUCCGCCGCCUGCAGCGCGAGGCGUUCCAGGACCUGCUCCGCGUCAAGGACCGCCUGCACCGCCUGGAGUUCCUCUCCGGGGUCCGUCAGUCCCCCGACAGCCGCUCCGCCGGCUCCGCGUAUUCCGCCUCCGCCACGGCGUUUGGCGCAAGCGCGGGUGCGUUUGGCGCGGGGAUCGCGGGGAUUGGGGAGGAGAGCGGGGUGUGGGGGGGAUUGGGUGCGGGCGCGGGGAGCGUGUUGGGCGGAGGGGGGCGGACGCGCCUGCACGGGGAGAUCGCGGCGGGCGGAGCGUUCGUUCCGACGGAGGGCGCGCGGAGCCAUGGUACGCGCGCGGCGCUAGAACAAGCGGGUAUGCGAUCAGGGCUGACUGUGAAGUUCAGAUUCGAUACGACGUGCCGCGACGAUGACCUCUUAUCUACCGAGCUGACGGCCGGCCUAGGAGAGGAUAGCAGCAGCUUUAUGCUGGGCGGCCCGGUGAACGUGCAUAAGAUCCUCUACAGUACUAAGUUAUGCGACGGCCUGCAGCUCGCCGUGGCGCCUUUAGGAGCCGUCGGAUCGGACAUGGCCGAAGGAAUGAACCCGCUUAAAGACCAGGGCCUCACGCGCUUCUCGUCCGGCGGAAUCUCCCUGCACCGCCGCGCGCGGGGCUCCGCGCUCGCUCUGUCCCUGCGCAACUCCUCCGCGUCCUUCACCGCCGCGCAGUUCCUCUCCGGGUGGGGGGUGUCGCAGGACCCCGAGGGGGAAUCCGCGGGCCUGUGCGCAUCGUCCCUCGCGCAGCUAUCCCUCCAGCCGCAGGAUAACAUCGUCCUUUCCAUGUCCGCGCUUAACCGUCUCUGGCCCUCCCCGCCGCUGCCCUCCGCCACGGGGCUCCACUGGAGCGAGAUGGGCCCGCUGGUGGUUCCGAAGCUGCUGCCGUGGCUCGGCAAGCCGAAGAAGACAGGCUCGGGACGCGGCGCGGGGAGCGGGGACGGGAGUUCCGCGACAGGGGGAGCGGAGAGCAGCAGCGGGGUGGUGGGGCAGGAGCUGUGGCUUCCGCCUGAUCAGGAGCCGGCUACUAUGGUGCAGUCUGUGGCGGUGUCUGGAGCCGCGCAGCUAGGACCGGCUACUAUUGCGGCGUGGGCGCAGGCGGAAAACGGGGAUUGCUUAGAUGAGGAUGCGCGGAGGAAGUUGCAGUGGUCGGUGUCGCUGCUGCUGCAGGGGAAGGGGGGAGAGGAGGACGAGGGGAAAAACGGCGGCGGCACUGGCGGAAGCAGCGCGAAUGGCGCGGGUGGGAAGGCUGGCGCGGGGAAGGCGGGGCGGAAGGGGAAAUGGACGGACAGGAUCUCGCUGGGAGCGUGCAUCGGCGGCACCCAGCCAGAUGCGUUUUUCCUGGGAGGGGGGGCGGAGUCUAGCAGCACGGGGAUGGUGCAGGGGGAGAGCGGGGAGGGGAACGAGGGGGGGGGCGCGGGCACGGGCGCGGGGCAGGUGCAGGCGGAGGCGUUUUUGCGGGUGAAGUGCGGGAGGGGGCUGGUGCUGCAGCCGGGGGUGGUGGUGGCGGAGAACGAGAGGUCUGGGCGGCACACGGCGUUCAUGCUGAGGACCUCCUGGGCCCUCUGAGCUCCUUGAGCAUUCUCUAACGCCCUCUGAGGGAGGGAAGGUGAAACCAGGAUACCUUUACCUUUAUCCCACCCCCUUACUACUCUAUCAAGAGUGGCAUGAAGAUGGGACAGCCUCACCUAGGUGCUCUAACUUAUUAUGCAAAGUGGCGGCCACGACUUUUUCUAACAAUUCUAUUUAGGCUAUCGGGCAUAUCAUAUGCUUGUAGGUGGCUAUUUUGUGUGCUGGAUGUAAUUUUUGUUUUACUGAUGAAAUUGUGAGACUUCAUUGU